AUAUAGAAGGUGCUAACAAUUAGCGCGAACCCGCGGUCGCCAUGUUGAAGAAAUAUCUUGGUGACGAUAAAUCAAGAAGGCUGUGGACAUCGAGAAUUCCUGUAAACUGUGCGCGGAGCCUCGUUAAUAUUGCGAUCAACAGUAAACAUACGUUAAACAAUGAUACUGACGUGAGUAAAAAAAAACAAUAGCGAGUUGGCUCGGUGCGUGCAUGGGUCGUCCGUUCGUAAAUAAAACGCGGAGCCUAUGGCAAGGGACUUCCGCUUAACGCGGACAGGAACAGGAAGUUCACUGUGCACGUAGAUGGCAAAAUAAAAACAUCCUGUACGAACGAAUCUUUAAAAAAAACGAAAAGAAAAGAAGAAAAAAACAAGGAAACAAUGAUAUGUGUGGAAACACUUGUUGGUUCAGAAUGUGUUGUUAGUUUUGGAAAUGAAAUCAAGGUGUACGCGUGAGAACCGCGGACGAGGAUCACUUCGUUCAUUAUUGACGACCUACUUUUAUCUUCUCUUUUUUUUUUCAACUUUUACUUUUUCUAUUUGUCCCUGUUCAUCGCAAAGGAUUUUUAACGUCUGCUGGGCAAAAUGCAAGCUGAAACUCUUUGCGACAAUGAUGUUGAGGCACUCAAUUCGGACACCUUCAUUCCUGAUGCCGUGUCGAUAGUAGAAUUGGGGAAGCAGCUUUUGAUGAGUGCCAAAAAUGGUGAUACGGAUACUGUCCGUGAUCUCAUGUGCAGAGGUGCUCCUUUUACUACCGAUUGGUUAGGCACAAGCGCAUUGCAUCUCGCAGCUCAGAACAAUCACACAGAAACGGCAGAAGUGCUAUUGAGAGCUGGCAUUUCACGAGAUGCGAGAACAAAAGUGGAUAGAACACCCCUACAUAUGGCUGCUUACGAAGGUCACAACGAAAUGGCACAACUACUCCUUAAUUACGGUGCUGACGUAGACAGCAAAGACAUGCUCAAAAUGACGCCUCUUCAUUGGGCAGUAGAACGGGAACACAUAGAAGUGAUGAAUGUUUUAUUAGAGCAUGGAGCAGAUGCAAAUUCAACAAGUAAAUUCGAUAAAACUCCAAUUAGCCUGGCCCUUGAACACGAUCGUCUUGACCUCGUUGAUGUUCUUCAACAAGAAAGAGAAAUAUUGGGUGUACAUGCGCAACAACAGAAUCAAGCGAAUAGCGCUGAAUUGGAGGAAGCAACACACAGUCUCAUCCAACUUGAAGCUGAGAGACAACAGCAAGAACAAUUUCAACUGCAACAACAACAGCAACAACAGCAGCAGCAACAGAAGAAAAAAUUAGCUCAAGCUCAAACUGGGAAAAAACAACGAAUGAUUUUCCAACAAAUCCGUAUGGCUGCGCCGAGCGACGAUGAACAAGACAGAGACGCCGAACUAAUCGACGAUUUAACGAAUUCCGAUCACAGUGCUCUGAAAAAACACAAAAACUUGACAGGUUUGGAGCAACCCUUGAGACUGCUCGAGGCUCAUGGAAUAACUAUGAUUCCUGUCGACAAUGAUGCUAGUAUCGUGGAAAACGCUAUGGAGAGUGGGAGAACAGUAGUUCUUACAGAAGCAGGUAAACUCGCGCUCAAUUUGACAAGAUCGCCGCCAACCAUGGGCGUUAAGAGGCUUCACGUUGGCACACGUCGAGGUGGUUCGAGAAAAGUCAUUGCGAUAAGGGCCGAUCAAAUACUGGGACACAAUCCAACGACACUGACUCCUCGGGGACCCAACAUUUUAAAGAGAAAUACCGAUAAGCAACCGGGCAAAUUGUUUCUCACUUCACUUGGUAACAAUCCAAUGGCUUCCGUCAAGCCAGCGAAAGCUGUAAUUCCUGCAGCAAAGAAAAAAAUUAUUGGCGUGACGCCGAACGUGACAAAACCAGUGGUACUUCAUUUGGACGAUGAAAUAGAGGAAAUAACAGAAGAUGUAAAUUCAGCGGAAGAGAGUAACGAGCCGGUAAUGGAUAUAGCACUUUUAAAUCGACAGUUGCAAGAAGCACGAAGACAAGCAGCGGAAUACAGAAAACAGCUUUUGAAGAAAGAAGAGGAAGCAGAAAUAUAUAAGCAACAGUUGAAAAAUAUGACAGCUCAAAAGGCUCUGAAGUGAUUUUGUUUUGCUCAUUUUCCUUUUUUUUUUUUAAACAUAAAACUGUAACUGGAAGAUGAUCGCUUCAGGACCGUUCUUUUGUUGUGAAUCUGACUGACUGUGCGUUUGGGUAAUCUCUCAAACUCUGUACAGCUGUUACGGAUUGAAAAUUUUGAGAAAGGAUCUCAGUUUCUCGUAUGGCGUCAUGAAUUUCAAGGACAAUUCGUCGUGACGGUUUUCCGGUGUUCUUAAACUCGAAAACUAACCACAAGUGACAAUAAUCCUGAAAGAAGGAUUUUUAUUUUAUACAACAUUUUUUUAGGUCUUCUUCUGUUUAUAGUGCUUAUGAAUAAUCAUUUAAAGCCAAUUGUGCAUCCGACAGGAGGAGGAACCAAAUCUGGGUUUGUAGCAUAUCAGAUCUGUCUCCGAACACAUGUUCGAUGGAACAUGUAACAAAACACCGAUCACGAUAGUGGUCCAUGAUUGUAAAAGGGUCAGUCGUUAAACCACAAUUGCUCUAUUGAUGCAGAUAUCAAUAGUUCUUCUCUCCUUUUUUCUGCUGUUAAUUUUCGCCUCGAGAAUUCUCGUUCGCGAAGAUAUUGAGUCGCAACGGCGUCUUUUUUGAUACCGAAGUUUAGUGCCAACGCACAUGGCGAGACCUUAGAGACUCGUGACUAAUUCGUUCGUCAUUUUAUUUUCACCACCUGGUGACAUUAUUUUUCUUCUAGUUUUACUUUAUUUUUCAAUACAGAGAGAAUAAAAUAUUGUACAGACCACAGUUGUGAUUUUCGAUCAUUACUUAUGUAUAGAUUGUUGUAAUAUACAUUGUGGAGAGGAAUAAGCCGGCGCGUGAACCAGCAAAUAAUAGGAAAAAGCAAAUAAUUUAAAAAAUUGGUUUAUGACGAAUCGUUGAUCGUUUGUUAUUCAGAUUAUAUCCGAUUUUAGGAUAAAGCUUACAUGAAAUAAAAAAAAAUAACAAAGUGUUUACUGAUAAUUGCCUGAGUUUUCGUAUGAUUAUGUCGAAAAGUAUCGUUUCAAAAUUUUUUCUAUACGUACGGAUUAAAUAUUUGAACCGUGCAUAUCGUACUUUAUUGAAGUUAUUCUCAUCAAACGACAAAACUGACAAAAAGACCAACGUUGUUCCUAAUUAUGCAUUGUUACAUGUAAAAAGAAAUUUUUCUUUUAAAUUUGAUAAUUGAGGAAAAUAUAUAUCUGAUCAGAUUUAUUUUUAAAAUAGAUGUAAUCGUUGAUAUCUCCGGAAUGCAAUAAAACUCUACACCAAUAUUUUUACGUUUCAUUGAAAAAAAAUUCUGUAUAAUUAGUAAAAUUAUACAUUUACAUUCCACGAUUAAAUGCUUUUGUUACGUUACAAUUUUUCAUUAGUUACAUUUAUUGCUAUAACGAUAAAUCCAUGAGAUAAGAAAUUAUAUAACUCCACUCAGGAAAAAGCAGUAAACAAAACAUGUAAAAUAAAAGUUGAUAAUAUCUCAUGUACAAAAAAAUUUUUGUAUUAAUGUUCAAUUUGUUAAUAAAUUCAGACUAACAAUCAA